ACUCGGAAUUUUCAACACUUUUCGCGUAGAGCUCAUCUCUUGAAUUUUAAAUCGCACAUUUUACAAUAAUACUUUUUUCCCUCUCCUUCCCUUUCUCUCUCUUUCCGUUUUCAGCAACAUGAAUUACUUUUGUCGCAUGUUUGCGCAGAGGUGAGAUGUCGCGCAUAACCUAUCGUCGCUCGCGUAAAGCUACGACCAUUCUCUACGUUGUUAUGAAAACAAAGUUGGCGACAAGUAUUUUUCAAAAUAUUAAAAUAUACUUGCCUCGAUUACCUUUAUUUGCCCAGCUUGUAUAUCUUGCGACGGUAUAAAACUAUACAUAUUAUAUAUAUUUAUAUAGUGUAAUCGACAAUCUUUCGCUUGGCGUCCCAACAUGUGCGGAAUAUUUUGUUGUAUACAUCAAGCUAGAAACGACUCUGAAUCCUUCGCGCAGUGGAAUAUUUGUAAAGAUGUAAUAGCCGCGCGAGGUCCUGACCAUUUAACAGAGAAACAUAUAUCGUUAAAUCACCAUUGGCAUGGACACUUUGCUGCUGCAGUAUUAUGGAUGCAAGGAUCAGAAAUAAUAACACAGCCAAGUUUGGAUGAUAAUAACAAUUUGUUACUAUGGAAUGGAGAUAUCUUUUCAGGUUGUUUGGCAAAGGAUGAUGUUUGCGAUACAAAUGUGAUAUUGGAUGAAUUGCAAUCGACCACAGAUAUCAUGUCUGUGCUUUGGAAGAUUGAAGGUCCUUAUAGCUUAAUAUAUUAUCAAAAGUCAACCGAUACAUUAUAUUUUGGACGGGAUAUUAUCGGACGGCACAGUUUGCUUUUAAAAAUAGAUACUAAAGCUAACUCACUGACUUUAACUUCAGUUGCAAACAAAAAUAUGAAAGGAAUUGUGGAAGUACCUGCUAUAGGUAUCUUUGCAGUAAAUUUAAAUAAUUCACGGAUAAAUUUAGCAUGUUAUCCAUGGAAAGAACCUGAUUUGAGAUUCACGGAUAUUAUCGAGACAUUGGAAACGACUUUAAAUGUGGAUAUUAAUAUUAGAAAAACUAUAUUAGAUACGAAUUCGUCAUUGGUGAAUUUACAUCUACAUCUACAUCCAGAUCCAAAAGAUUUAGAAUAUCUAGAGAAUAUACCAGAUAGUAUAGAUUUUAAUGAGACAUUGCGGUAUUUGUUGGAAAAUCGAAAAGUAAGUGAAAGAGUUGAGUGCUUGGCGCAACUCUUACAUCAAUCUGUGAAAGUCAGAGUAAAAAAGAAACCAAAUUAUUGCAAGGAUUGCAUAAAAACUGUAUUAAAUGGUGAAAGUAUUACUUGCACUCAUUCCAAAAUUGGCAUAUUAUUUUCCGGUGGCUUAGACUCAGCCAUUCUAGCAGCGAUUGCUGACAAAUAUGUUCCAGAAAACGAAAGUAUCGAUCUUAUUAACGUUGCAUUUGAAAGAUCUGUAAAUAAUCAAAAAAUAAGUCAUAUGAAUGACGAAAAGGAGAAUGUGAUGCAGAAAUAUGAUGUGCCAGACAGGAAAACUGGCCGACAAACGUAUUCUGAAUUGUUGCGAAUUUGUCCCAACAGGAAAUGGAAUUUUAUACAGUGUAACAUCACACAAAUGGAAUUACAAUUGUAUCGUGCUUCGCAAAUUUCUGACUUAUUACAUCCUUUAUCUACAAUACUGGAUGAAAGUUUAGGAUGCGCCAUGUGGUUUGCAAGUCGUGCAAAAGGUGUUCUUUAUCCAGUUGAUGAAAUGUACGAAUCGCCAUGUAGAAUAUUAUUUUUGGGCAUAGGUGCAGAUGAAUUAUUUGGCGGAUACAUGAGACACAGAACCAUAUUGAAACAUAAAGGAUGGGAUGCACUAGUGCGAGAAUUAAAUAUCGAAUUGGCGAGAAUUUCCGAAAGAAAUUUGGGUCGAGAUGAUCGAAUUAUUUCUGAUCAUGGUAAACAAUCUCGUUUACCGUAUCUAGAUGAGAACGUGGUGAAAUAUGUGCAGGAUAUUAAACCAUGGGAAAGAUGCUACCCGACUGAGAAAAUGCCAACUGGAUUGGGAGACAAAUUAUUAUUACGCUUGUUAGCAUGCAAGAUUGGUUUUCAGAGUACAGCCAACUUUCCUAAAAGAGCUUUUCAAUUUGGCUCGCGAAUCGCAAAUGCCAAUGAAAAAGGAAAUGUGACUAAUGUUAUCGAGUUACGGCUACAUUAUCGAUAAUGAAUGAUUAUAAGAAUGUGUACGUGUAUACUUUGAUUUUUAUUUCUUUGAUUUCCAUUUUCGUCAGCAACUUUGCAUCAAUACUGUAAGACACGACUAAAAGUCAAAUUAAUGACUGAUUAAUAAUAAUGAAUCGAUCAAAGUUUAUAUAUUCCGUAUUACAUUUCAUUUCACAAGUAUAAAUGCCAUAAAACGCAUGUAUUGUUAAUAAACAAUGUACAUACAUAUAUAUAUAUAUAUAUAUAUAUAUAUAUAUAUAUAUAUAUAUAUAUCAGCACGAUGUAUCACGAUUUUCCGAUGUGUAUUUUGCGCUUUUCGUGCAAAUGGCAAACAAAUGUUUCUAAAUUGACACGAAAAUCCUAAUAUGUAACAAACAUGUACAUGUAUAUUUUAAAGCACGCAUUAUUAUUCACGACAGUUGGUAUAUAUUAAUCUGAGAGAAGCAGAGGAAUAUUUUUUACAAAAUAUGUAAUAUCCCUAAUACUAAUAAGCUUCUAUAUGUGAUGUAUACAAGCUUUUUUUUGUCAUGGAAACAUUUCUCUCGCUGCCGCUUUCAUUGAUGAGAUUAUAUAUUAAAAUAAUCGAGAUGUAAUAAUUUUUCUUGUGCAUUUUAUUAAACUUGAAACAAUUUUAACACAAAGGAAGAUUUUAUUGUUGUUUACAAUUAUUCCAAUAGCCACUGAAGUGUCCAUUGUCUAUGUCUAUAAACAUUUCAGCAAAGAAUAUAACAAUAUAUCGCUAAGACACAUAAUAAAUAUAUACAC